UUAAAAAACUAUUUUAAUAGGUUAUAUAGAUUAAAAAAUUAUUUAAAUAAUUCUGAAAUUAACAGGAUUAGAGUACGCAUAAAUGCCUCUCUAAAUGAAAAUCAUAAUCUAAAAUCAGUACAGAUAUCUAGAUUACAAAAGUAUAAAAAUAAAUUAAAACGAAUGAAUCUUUUUACAGCAUAAUGAGUUACUAUACUUGUUUUCUAGACGAAAAAGCUUUAAUCACUAUUUUAAAAGUGAUAAAUUUAAACAAGGAUUUUCAGGAGAAAAUCCUUGAUAAGAUUAUAGAACCACUUGUCCAAGAACAAUAGUCUAUCCAUGAUUAUUCUCAUAUAGAUUCAGAUGAAGAUGAUUAUUGGCCAUAUUCUGAUGAUAAUGAUUAUUGGCCCUAUGAAUAUGAUGAUGGCUAUCAUACUGAUUAAUUGUUGUCAAAUUAUUCCGCAUUCACUAUGUUCAUUCUUUUGCCUUUUAUUUUUAUAAUAGUUUUAAAGAUUGAUUAUAUAUGCAUUAUACAUAAUGAACAAUUGACAAUGAAUUUUCCCUUAUGGUUUUUUCUCGCAUUUUUUUUACAGUUGAAAAUUUCAAAUUAAAAACUCAACGUAACAAGCAUGUUGCCGAAUGAAGUAGGCCGAAUGAAAUACUAUUUGAUUGUUAUAUUCACAUUGAGUAUACCAUGUGAUGGAAGGCCCAUUAGAUUAAGAGGUUGGCACAUACAUACAUACUGUUAUAGCCCAUAAUAGGGUAGACAUAAAGAUAAAGAAAGUGACUCAUCCAACUUUAUUGCCCAAUCACAAUAUUUUUGUAUGUAUUUUUAAUUAUUUUAGGAAAAUAAAAAGUCGUUCGAGCUUUUUCUGAGAGUAUGAAAUGAGUUAUUUGAGCGUUGUAGUACUCGAUAUUCGAACAUCGAGGGCCGAUAAAUUUUUGGUUUGAUAAAUGUGUUAUUUGUGGAGUAACAUGAUUGUCUCACCAAAAAGGGUUCGGUUUAUUCGUAUGAAUAAUCGCUUUGAUUCAUCCUUUUACUUUCAAAAAUGAUUUUACAUUUUGCUUUUACAUAUGUAUAUAUAUACCAACAAUUUUUAACUCAAAACUCAUAAUGUAGUAUAAAUUUUGAAUCCUACAUUGAUUCAUAUCAACAUGAGUAUUCAUUAUUACUACAUCAUGUUGACAUGUCUUGUGAUGUGUUUGGUAUGACAAAAAUUAUUUUUUUCAAAAAAUUUAUUACUGAUUCUUUAACUUAUUUUUAAUGUAUAGUAAAGAGCGGAGAGUUUAAAACACACCUAAAAUAUUGCAAUUUUUCGAGCUUCGAGCUUCAUACCAUUUGGCAAAACACGCUUCAACCAUCAAUUGUUCACUUUGUGAAGAACCUAGUUCUCUCACUUCGUGCAUAGAACUUCUGGGGGGGUCACUGGUGUCCGAUACCCGCGUUAGAGUCCCUAUUAACUCGGAUCGCGUAUUGUAGGGCUCAUUCUGAGGGUGACCCUCCCAACAAGACUUUCUCCGUACCCAGGCUCGAAUCUGGGACCUCUGAUUAAUGAUGAAGUAGUCCCACCACUACACCACAACCGAUGUUGGUCCAACUCUAUUAGUAUACAUGAUAAGAAUCUAAUUCCUCUUUAGUUAUUUAUUGAUCAUAAACAUUAUCAUUUCUUAUUUCAAACAUAUUAAAAAAUCAAUUUUUAUAUAAUAUUUAUCAAUCAUCAAAACUCAAAUUCAACAUAGCUCAACAAAUUCAAAAUCCCAAGUGGCAUAAAAUACUUCUAGUCUUGAAGGGAUAUACAUAGGGUGAUGGGCUCCAUUCACCAAACAAUUCAACACCAUUUAUAUAUAUGAAAAAAAAUAAUAUAAAUAUAAAUCUUAUCAUAUUUACAUAGUUUUUCACCUUUAUAAAAUAAUUACAAAAAUUUCAACUAACCAUGUAUCUUUGUUGGAUAUAUCAAGGAGCUAAUUAUGUAUUUCGAUAGAUCCAAAAUCGAAAAAAAUAUAUCGAGAGCUAAUUAUGUAUCUUUACAAGGAAAAAAUGUACCUUCGUUGGAUGUAUUAUGUAUCUCGACAGAUUUAAAUUUUUUUAAAAAUAUAUCGAGAGCUAAUUAUGUAUCUUUACAAGAAAAAAUAUACCUUUUUUGGAUAUAUUAUGUAUCUUGACAGAUCCAAAAUUUUAAAAAAAUAUCGGAAGCUACGUAUAUAUUUUUAUAAAGAAAAAAAUGUAUCAGGAACUAAUUAUGUAUCUCGAUAAAUCCAAAAUUGAAAUUCUCAAAAAUUAUAUAAAAUAUCAAAAUUUUCAAUAAUUACGCUCCAAACUUUCGGAAUUUAUGUUGAUUUUACUUUAAAUAUUUCUUGCAUCCAAAAAGUACUCUUCCUUUUUCAUCAAUAAGUUUGUGGCCCAUUUUCAUUAGCCAUUUUGGGCUUUGUAAUUUCUAUCCUCAUUGUCCUUUUACAUCAUAUGUAGGAUUUAGUGAUUGACCAUUUUAUCUACCUUACUCAAAAUGUUUAAAGGCGAAUUUAGAAUUUAAAUUUAACAAAGUUUUUAUAAUAAGUUACAAUUUAGGACAUGAUUGACUUUAAUAAAAUAUAGAGAGUCGCGAUUAUCGGCUAAUAAGUUUCAUCAGACCAAUAUCGUACGUAAACUAAACUAUAAAUGCAAUAAUUCAAUGCCUAUAUGCAGUGGAUCGACUAUCUUGAUACAUUAUUCGUAUGUUAAAGAGCAUUCGACGCAUGCAAAUCGACCUUCCAUAUCUAAGAAAGAAAUGAAAUUCAAAUUUAAACACCAUGUAAAAAUACAAAUUUGAUUUUUUUUUCACUAGAUUAUGUCAAUGGAGCGAAAGUCUUAGCGUAAAAUUGUUGUGAAAACAAUUGUUGCAAUGUGACUAAGAUGUUACGUGUUUAAAAGGGUGGUUUGGUGUACUAAAACUGUCACUAUGCGCAGAGUCCGUGGAAAGACCUACCACAAGGGUGUAUUGUACAAAAUUUUACCUUACGUUUCUGUCAAAUGCUAUUUCCAAGGCUUGAACCUGUGACCUCGGGGAAGGGCCCGCACAGACUUACUGUCAUUUUUACCGGAGGCUGUUUCCAAGACUUGAACCCGUGACCUCGGGGAAGGGCCCCACCAUAAGGAUGUAUUGUACGCAAUCUUACUAUCAUUAUUGCCGGAGACUGUUUCCAAAGCUUAAGCCCCUGACCUCGGGAAAGAGCCCCAUCACAAGGAUGUAUUGUACACAGUCUUACUUUCAUUUCUGCCAGAGGCUGUUUUCAAGGCAUCAGCCCGUGACCUCCUAAUUACGUGACAAUAACUUUCUCAGUUACUCCAAGGCUCCCUUUCAAGAUGUUACGUGUUUGAGUUGCAAAAAUAAUUUCCUGUAAAAUGCAGAGUAAAACUACAUACAAUAAUUUUUUACGAUUCAAUUCUUCUCCAAAUCUCGUAGAUAGCAGGAUCUUAAUACAUCGAACUAAUGUCAAUUCAACCGACAACGUUCAAUUUUCAAAUGGAAUAUAGAUUUUACUUUUUAGGGUACAUAACAUAUAUACAGCAAACCAGCAGUAGUAGUUAUUAUAUCAAGUCAAAAUCAAAAUGGCACACAAAAAAAAACAUGGUUUUUUAUUUUUUAUUUUUAUUUUUUAAUAGGAAAUAGUACAUAAAUAUUGACUGGUAGUAAAUAUAGUGAAGGACAAAUGAUGAGAAACUGAGUCAGCAAAAAUGACCACUGUCUUUGUAUUAUAGUCUUGAAAUUAAUAAACUAUAUUCUAUGAGUGUGUAUGAAUAUUUUUUUAGGAAAAUAAAUAAAUAUUUUAUUUACAAUAUAUUUUCUUAUUCGAUAUAUAAAUAAAAAAUAUUAUUAUAAAAAUAUUUAUAUAAUUUUGAUAAAUUACUAUGGAAGUUGGAGGGGAGGUAGCUAGGGGUGUGGAGAGUUAUGGGGUCGGGGUAAAAACGAGGUGUGUUGGGGUGAAGAUUGAAGAGCACACAAUAAAUAUUGAAUAUUACUCGUGAAAUUUAUUUUUUCGAUUAUAUUAAUAAAGUUAUUAUUUUUUUUAUUUUUAAAGAAAACGUUUUGAAAUUUUUGAUGAUCAAAUAUGAAAAAAUAGGAAAAUAUUUUUCUUCAUACCAAACACACCUUAUAUCUGAUUCAUUUUCGGUGAAUAAAUUUUUAUUUGUAUCGAAAUUUUACAUUCAAUCAAUUCAAAUUAUCAUGAUUAAAUGAUUUAGUCAAGAGAAAUAUAUGUUAAUUAGUCAUGAAUAAAUAAUACAACAACAAAAAAAUACCCAUCGAAAUCUCAAGAAUGAGAUUUGACGAGAGUAAAGUAUACACAUACAUCAUCACUAUUCCGGAAAAGUAGUCAUGAAUAAAUACUAAUUAUGUAUACACUGACGGAGAAAGAAGUUUUACUAAAUAAUAUCAAAAUAUAAGGAAGUAAAUUCACGAAAAAGUCGAGGAGCAUCAAUAUGUACUAUAUAUACAUAAAAAAUAUUAAAAUUUACCUAGCCAUAUAAUAUAAUUUUUCAAUGAAAGAAUAUCAAUCGACACUACUCUAUUGCAUGUGACUCCACCACUAUAUGUAUAUACAAAUAUAUAUCAUAUAUUUAUUGGUAUGAUAUAAAUAUUCGAUAUGAAUAAUUUUUUUUUUUUUGUUUGAGUGUCAUCUUCUUCCACCAACUUAAAUAAAUGUGCCCCUUGUCUCUCUCUCUAUAUAUCUAAUCUAGACCAUUUUUCAAAGAAGGAAAAAAAAAAAAAAACUUCUUCAUUUACAUUGUUCAAUAAAAAUCAAGAUUUUGUUGGAGCUUUAUUGACUACAUGGGUGAGGAAAAGGAGAACAAAGUGGAGGAAGAAAAAAAAGAAGAAGAAAAAAAAGAAGAUGAAAUUCAAGAAAUUUUACUCAAAGUUGAUAUGCAUUGUGAAGCUUGUGCUAGAAAAGUUGCAAAAUCCCUCAAAGGUUUCCAAGCCUCCUCCGGUGAUAACAUUGAAGCUCACAGUUCAGAUGCAUUGUGAUGCCUGUGCACAAGUACUGCAGAAGCGAAUCCGGAAAAUACAAGGCGUUGAAUCUGUCACGACAGACCUAGGAAACAAUCAAGUCAUAGUAAAAGGUGUCGUUGAUCCAGAAAAGUUGGCGAGCGAUGUGUACAAGAGGACAGGGAAGCAAGCUAUAGUAGUGAAGGAGGAAGAGGUUAAAAAGGAAGAAGAGAAGAAAGAAGAAGAGAAAAAAGAGAAAGAAGAAGAAGAAAAGAAAGAAGAAAAAGGCAAAGAAGAAGAAGAUGAUAAGACAACAACAGAUAUCAAGAAAAGUGAAUAUAUGUAUCAAAAGGACUACAUUUUCAUGGAGUAUGCUAAUUACCCACCUCAGAUAUUCAGUGAUGAAAAUCCUCAUGCUUGUUCUAUCAUGUAACCGUUUCGGUUACUCAUCAUCAUCAUCAGUGGCGGAACCAAGAUUAUCAUGUAACCUUAUAGGUUACUCAUCAUCAUCAGUGGCGGAACCAGGAUUUUUUACAAGGGAAUUUAGAAAAUUUCAAAAGCGUUAUGAAACGCUUGUGAUUUGAACCUAUUGUUCUGCAUGCAUGUUCAAUUUUCGAUAUGUUCUAGUCUAGUAUAUGCUAAUAAAGAUCUAUUAAAUUGGCAAUUCUGGUGUUUUGAUGCUCUAAGUUGUUGAACAAGAUGUAAAUACUUUAGUAGUUCCAAAUAUUUGAGAUUAUGGUGUUGAUGUUUA